AUGGGUCUGGGUCUACUGUAUCUAGGCCUCACUCUGUUGGGGACCCUGCACAUCCAAGCCAAGUACAUCCCUCCAGCCUUGAUCCCUGAACCACCUCUGUGCAAGAUACCCCUGCACCCAAACUUCCAGGAUGACCAGUUCCAGGGGAAGUGGUUCGGUAUAGGCAUUGCUGGGAAUGCCAUUUGGAAAGGAAAAGGAAGCAGUUAUGAGUAUUCCAUGUACAGUGACACCUAUGAGCUGGAAGAUGACCAGAGCUACAAUGUCACUACGAUCAUAUACAGGGAUGAUGAGUGCAUACAACAGAACCUAAAAUUUGUCCCAUAUGUGAAGCCUGGCCAGUUCUCACUAGACAAUAAGACACAGGGAAUGACCAUUGCUAUCCACACUACAGUUUCUGAUGGAUUAGAUAUCUACACCAUAAGUGUGACAACUACUGACUACAAUCAGUUCGCCAUGAUGUAUGCUGUUGUAAAGUUUGAAAACAUGGUGUACUUCCAGGCCAGACUCUAUGGGAGAACCAAGGAGUUGAACUCUCGGGUGAAGAAGCACUUCAUCAGAUUUUCCAAGUCUCUAGGCCUCAGUGAUGACAACAUCAUCUUCUUUGAGCCCAUUGGUAAUUACCAGCUUCACAGAGGGGUAGGGAAGUGGAGGUGGACUCUGUCCAACAUGAUGCUCCCCCACACCAGGGAAGUUGAAGAAUAA